AUGCUUCACAGAUUUAGCAGCAGUGCUAACACAUUAAUUACCGAACCAUCAACACUACUACACAAUAAGGACUACAACAUUAGCGCCAUUAACAAUUGUAAUCACCCUAACAACUACACUAACAGAUUGGACAGGUUGAGGGAUAAAUUUGACGAACAAUUAAAGAGAUUUACGACUAAAUCUACCAAAAGGAUGGAUGAAAAUACGAUUAAACUCUUAGGCAUAAGUUUCCGCAGGGAAAAUAUAAAAACAGCAGCAGCAUUUUUUGCCGCUGGAGCUGUUGGUGCCCAUUUGAUCGGCAGGGUAGUAAGAGCCGCAGCUAUGGCUGGUACGGCGUCAUACUUAACUUUAUAUUAUUUAAAUAAGUAUGGAUUUAUAAGCAUACAUUGGGACAAGGUGAAUGAGGAAUCGGACGCACUGAUGACGGAUACCAAACAGUACAUCCAAGAUCAGCUGAAGGAUGACUCUCUUAUGACAAAAAUUUCAAGGUUCAUUAACAAUUCUGAUAACGCAAUUUAUGUACUAUCUGUUUUUGGGGGCAUUCUCUUCGGAAUUAUCUUUUUGUGA